GGUGUGGAAGUGCAUCCCUUAGACUUCUUCACAAACUGUGGGAAAAUCAGAUUCUAUUGCUGGGAUACUGCUGGUCAAGAGAAAUUUGGUGGUCUUAGAGAUGGAUACUAUAUUCAUGGCCAAUGUGCGAUCAUCAUGUUCGAUGUCACUGCCCGUUUAACAUACAAAAAUGUUCCUACAUGGCAUCGGGAUCUCUGCCUGGUUUGUGAGAAUAUCCCCAUUGUUCUAUGUGGCAACAAGGUUGAUGUCAAGAACAGGCAGGUGAAAGCAAAGCAGGUUACUUUCCACAGAAAGAAGAAUCUCCAAUAUUACGAGAUUUCUGCCAAGAGCAAUUACAAUUUUGAGAAGCCUUUCCUCUAUCUUGCUAGGAAGCUUGCUGGAGACCCCAAUCUUCACUUCGUUGAAUCACCUGCUCUUGCCCCUCCGGAAGUACAUAUCGACAUGGUUGCACAACAACAGCAUGAGGCAGAGCUUGCUGCAGCUGCUGCACAGCCAUUACCAGAUGAUGAUGAUGAUGAUGCUUUUGAUUAGAGAGAGA